CCCUCCGCUGUGGUCAGCCUAACCAGACCCACUAGGCAGGUAGGCACUAGCAAAAGCUUUGCGGCGCCGCCGCCAGCUUCCGCACACACUCCUCCCUCCCCACCCCCUCGCCCGCGCCCGCCACCGUCGCCUUCCCAAACCCCGGCGCUCGAUUCCAUUGCCCUGUGCGCUGCAGCGACCCCUCUCCCGCUCCAGCGCGGCGCUACUCGGCUCCCCUGCCAGCUCCCACGGCCUUCUCUGCAGUCCGUGUUUCAACCCUAGGGUUUCGGGAGCUCGAGGCGAGGCCGCAUGACGACUCGGGGAGCCAAGCGCGCCGCCACUUCCGACCCCGGCGCUCCCGAUCUACCAAGUAAGAGAGUAAUGGACGGACCCUCUUUUGAUGUUCACAGGGCGGAGUCUUCCCAUCAGCAUGUGAUGGCAGGACCCGCUACUUUAGAUCCUCGACGGGCUGAGGCUGCCAGCAAACAUGUCAGGGCACUCAAUAACCAGUUUGUGAGCUGGGUUCAAUUGCAGCUGCAAAAUCAUCCAGCUGAACUUUGGGAGGAUGGUAUCAAAGAUUACUUAUCCCAUGCUUCUGAAAUAAUGGAAAAAUUCAAGGAUGUUGUCAACUGGCUUAGACAAAAUCAAGCAGGUUCAAAAGUUGUUUCAUCCCCAAGUCCGCAAACGGAUGAGAAGACUAAUCCACCAGCAGCAGAUGAUAGCAAGCUGUUGGGGCAGCCAAGUACAGAUAACACACAAAAGGCUCCAGUGAUGGCGUCUAGUUCUUCAGCUUUUCAGAGCUCAAGCUCACCAACACCAACCCUAUUUCCGUUUCCUUCUAAGUCACAAACACCAGAUUUCAGUGGUAUGUUUGGUGAUAAGAAGAACACAUCUGGUGACAACAGUAAACCAGCUUUCCAGUUUAGUGGGAAUGUCAUUUUUGGUGACAAGAAGAACACAUCUGGUGAUAGCAGUAAACCACCUUUCCAGUUUGGUGCAAAUAAUGGCAUAUUUGGUGACAAGAAGAAUACGCCUGGUGACAGCAGUAAACCAACUUUCCAGUUUGGUGUAAAUAAUGGCUUUUUGGCAUCAAGUGCACCAUCUUUAUUCUCUACUUCAGCUGCCCAAAGUUUUAGCUCACAGUCUCCACCUCUGUUUUCAAUGAAUCAACAAUCAGUUCUCUCAGGAAAUCAAAAUGCUUCUGAAGCUUCAGCUGAUGCAGAUGAAGAUGCCGAACCCGAGAAACCAAGCAGCCCUUCUGUAAAGAAGGCAGAAGAGAAAGGUAUAGUUGUUGUUCAUGAAGCCAAGUGCAAGGUGUAUGUGAAGCAUGAUGAUGCUACCAAGGGUUGGAAAGACAUUGGUGUUGGUCAACUCUCUAUCAGAAGUAAGGAAGGUGCAGAGAAAGCUUCCAAAGAGUCCACUCCAACCAUUGUUAUUAGAAACGAUGUUGGUAAAAUUCUCCUAAAUGCGCUGAUCUACAAAGGGAUAAAAAUGAAUGUUCAGAAGAACACAGUUGCUUCGAUUUUUCAUACUUCGGAUGCACAGUCAGAUGAAUCAAGCAGUGGCGCAGUUGUAGCUCGGACAUACUUGUUCAGGUUGAAAAAUGAGGAUGAGGCUACAAAGUUGUCAACAGCAAUCAAAGAGAACGCGCCCUUGCACUGAUUCUUGCAGCAUGGAUUACUAUCUCACGACGCCUAAGCAUCUGGCACGAGUUGUAAUAGUAGAGGGUAACACCACCAAUGGCCUCUGCAGCAGGCCAAAAGAUGCCUUGCAGAGUUCUUUUUUGCCUAUAUAGUGCUUGCCUGUAACUUGUAACGUGUAAGACUGGCUGGUUGGCGAUGUAUUAGUACCUUUUUUUUCCUCACCUUAUGUAUCGUAUAUUGAGCAUGGAUAAGGUUAUUGGGCAUGCUUUGAGAUUCGUCACCAUGUCCAUGUGAGCGGCAAUGAUAAGUCUGGGAUGAAAAUUUUGA